CAUAGAGUCAAUAUCGUCAUGGAGCAUGUCUACCAGACCGUGACCAGAAUGGUGAACAAAGGUCAAAUGGUGGUGGUGGACAUCCCAGUCAUGUAUCAGGAGAACCUGCUGGAGCUCGACAGGUCAAACAUCUCCAGUAAAGUGCUGCAUGUGACCAGUGAUGGUUACAUCACGGUCCAAGCCGUCAGUCGACGAGCACACAGCAUCCAGACCACACCCAUCCCGCCCACAGAAGGGCUUGGGAAGGAGUACCACAUACCUGCAAUGUGGCACCAGGCACCUUGGGGACCAGGUAGAACAGACUCAGCUCCGAGCACACCAAACGGAAGACACCUAGAUAUAACAUGCAUGGAAGAAGUGGUUUUCCGACUCCUUGUCGUCAAUACUCAAAACACGAACGAGGUAACCAUCUCGGGGGAGGAGGGCGAGAAGAAGACAUCUGUUACACUCAGACCGUAUCAGCUUCUUCAGCUGUGGGUAAACAUCUCCCAGCCAGGGUUGAGGGUAUCUGCUGACCAUCCCGUGGCUGUCCUCCUCAGCCACCCUUGUGCUUUCUUCAGUGACUGCAACUGCAACAUGCUGGUCACCUACCUCCCCCUUACCCAAAACUGGGGCUCGAGUUUCCUCAUGCCCGCCUUCAUGGGAAACAACACAAAGAACGACACCUUCCUCCUGGUAUCAACCAAGAAGGAUGAGGGUCUCCCCGAUGGACAAGCAGGCGACCGAUUUUCCUCUCUGUUGGACAUCGAUUCCACCAAGCCCAUCUCCCUCGCCCUCAAGAUAUCCAACAUGCUCCUUAACCUCAUCCCUCUCCAGGACUUCUCCUCUUGCUUUCUCCUCCACACGCUCCGAACCUACGAGAACAGAGCCCUCCUGAUGGCUCCUACUGAGGACACGGACGGGGUGCAUUUAGGUACACAGCGCCUGGCAGCUGACUGGAACCGCAUGCAAGGCACCAGCCUCUCCUGGGCGCUGGUGGCAUUAGAUGCUGGACGUGAUGUGACAGUGCUUUGGCAUAAUUCCUCCAAAAUUGCCGUCUAUUACCUAGGGAGUGAAGGGACAGCUGUAUUUGGAAGUCCAGCUCUGAGUCUUAGCAAGUACCCAGAUCAGAAGGGCUGUCUGUUGAGGCCCGAGGUAUUGAUGGUGGGAGAAGAGGAGGUUGGCUGGCUCGAGGCACUGACAUACUGCCGUAACCGAAGCAUGGUACAGAUCAGCUUCAGCACUGAUGACUUCCUGCAACAUGUGACCAAGGAGAUGGAGAAACAGAAAGCUAAGGUAAUGGGGAAGAUGAAGAAGGAGGUGUGGAUAGGCCUGCGGCGCAGCUCCCUGAAUGGGGGGUGGUACUGGUACAAUCAGGCUGCCUUGGAUGUCACUCGCUGGGCCGCCAAUGAGCCAGGGCGUCCAGCGGAGGGCCAGUGUGCUGCCAUGAACCUGGAUGACUACAACUGGAGCGACCAGAGCUGCUGUAAACCCCUCCCGGCUCUGUGCUACAGAGAGCCGCUCUACUUCCCUCUGACCUAGGACUCAUUC